CCACCGCCGUGACGAGCAACAAGGCGACUCCACUCCUUGGGUGUGAUCGUCGACGGAGACUAAAAUUAAUGUUAACAAUGGAAAGUUUUGGUGUUAAACUUACAAGUAUUCUACUUAUUCUCGCCUCUGUCCAAGAGGUGAGAGGUCACGGCUAUCUGUUGACCCCCCCUGGACGGUCCAGCUUGUGGAGGGCGGGGUUCUCCGCCCCCAUCAACUACAACGACAUGGAACUGAACUGCGGGGGUCUAGGAAAUCUGUGGGGCAACAAUGGCGGGCGAUGUGGGACGUGUGGCGACCCCUAUCAGGGGCCCCUGGCAAAUGACGGCGGCCGGUACGACACUGGAGUCAUCGGCCGAGUUUACAGACAAGGUGACGUCAUCGACAUCGACGUGGUGAUAAGGGCCAAUCACCUUGGCUAUUUUGUACUGCGACUAUGUGAAGAGGGCAGUUUGUCUAAGGAGCUUCUACAGGCCUGUCUUAACAAACAUGUGCUGACGCUCGGGACGCCAUCUGGUGAUGUAUUGCGGUACUACAUCGGUGAUGAAAGUAAAACGUACAGGUUCAAAGCCACCUUACCGCAUGACGUCACGUGUCGCCACUGCGUGCUGCAGUGGGACUACAGAACAGGAAACAACUGGGGGUCGGACGAGGAAGGCACUGGGAAGGGAUUCGGGCCUCAGGAGCAUUUCAUCAACUGUGCCGACAUCCGGAUUGACUCAGCUGACGGCGCACCACCGCCACAGACGACAACGACAUCAGUGUCCACUACAGCUUCAACGACUGAAAGUACCACAUCAACGACCACAUUGAUAACUACAUCUGCUGCCACAUCUGCUACAACCUCUUCUACCUCCACGCUUUCUACGUCUGCCACGACAACGACCAAGCCGACCUCUCCGACGACAACAUCCGCAAAAAUAACAUCUCCGACAACGUCUCCCACGACAACGACUUCACCGACAACUACAGUAUCUCCUACACCACCAUCAAUCACCAGUCCUCGUCGUGGUUGUCGUUCCCGUGGUGUGUGGGCGGGGCAGAAAGGAAUGGACCAGUGGUGUGUGGUCCAUUGUUCCUUUGGCUUUUGCCCUGAUUCACAUUGUAUUUGCAAUUGAAAACGUAAAGCAAAACCGGGAAUAAAUAUAUGUUCUCCUUU